AUGUCAGCCCAAUUCCCGCCCUCGUCACCGAUCGCCGCAAGCGAGUCCCGCGGCGAAGAUCCGUUCUACCAGCCAGAUGGGAAACACCUGGGUUCUACACUAGAUUUCUUCAAGAAGAAAACAGGCGCUUCAAAUGUGGUGGACUACCCAACACCCAAUCCCUCGUCGACACUGGGCAAAUCAUCACCUGUGAAAGCAAGGCCCGCGUGUGAUACGAGUUUCCAAACCCCGUCAGAAUGCGAGCUGGAAGAGGAACUGCGGCUUGAAAUUGAGUCUAGUAAAGGAGCUUUCAAGUCUCAACCACUGGAGGUUUCUCUGGAUGCACAUUUCGAAACCCGGGUUUCAAUUGGACGUAAAAACACACUGUGCGACGUUAUUUUGCCACGCCACAAGAACAUCUCCAGGCUCCAUGCGUUUGUGACGUACAUGCCGGAAACCAAGCAAGUCAAGGUGGAAUGUAAAGGGACAAACGGUCUGGUGGUGGCCUUUCCAGUGAAACUAGACGUGAAAUUAUUCGUGUGCCUAAAACCGGAAAACACCUUUAAGCUAGCUGAUAUGGCGGAGACCGGUUUGAAAAAUUGCCAAGUGGCAAGCAAAGAGCUGGUAUUGGAAACGGGCCUCACUUCGUUUGUGAUUUUGCAAGGCGAGACCGUUUAUAUGCCUUUUGUCGAGCACACCAUCCUGGAUUUCCGGCAGAUCGAAUGUGAGCUAAGAGUCAGAGACCACUCAUCAACACGUUUCCACGAUGUCCAAAAUGAGACAGAAACUGAAGACGAGUUACAGCCACUCGGAAUUACAAGCGAUGACUUUAGCCAUGAAAUGCAUACACCGGUCAAGGAUGCAGCACAGGUGCCAUCUCAAGGCACCCCGUCCUCAAAGCUUCAGAAACACCACUUAGAUCAUGAAAGAAGUCUCCCUCCGCUGGCGAAGCUCAUUUUUGAAGAAACCAAAAGCGGUACUCUUGAGGACCCCAACGGAUGCGAAAAGCAGCUGAGUGUGAAAGGGCAAAAAGCUCCCUUGCUUCCUCAAAUACAGAACAAAAUUGAGAAGUCGGCAGAUACCACUACAAUUAAGGGUGACAGUGCACAGACGGGUCAGGAUAUUCAAAAAAUCCACAGUAAGAAGAACACGGAAUUGCCCAUGACUCCCCGGAAACAAUUACAAGACUCAGCUCAAAACCUCCCCGAUCGUCCAAGUUCCCCCGUUAAAAAGUUAGACGGAAAUUCCCGUCGUCGCAAGUACACGUCACCCUCUCCCAAGAAGACCGCCAAGCGCAAGAGCAAACCACAAAAGCCAAAACUAACCAACGAUGAGAUUCUUUCCAAACUCGUCUCUCAGGGCUUUGAUGUGGCAGAUCUCCAGCAUGUCCUAGCGAAUCAUUUGGCCUUCUCUAAUAUCCAGCAAGUGCCAUUUUACCAGCUCAGACAGGUCAAUUCUACUGUUUCUACCAUGAAGCCAUUCGAAUUACGCGCGCUUCUGGAAACUGAAAAAUGUAUAGGUGUUAUUUACCGCGAGGGUAAAGACGCAGCAGGCAAACCUUUGGAUGAAGAGUACUAUUACGACCUGGAAAAUGACACUGAUGAUAACAGACGACAAGUUGUUUCGUCGCUUAAAGGUGGACGGUCAGGACUAAGGAGCUGCCGUAGAGUGCAUAAACAAUACUUUUGGAAAAAACCUACAAUGUAA